AUGGGUAAUCAGCCGUCAAAAGAGAAGGACGGCAAGAGCAGCGGCUCACAAACACCUACGGGCCCGAGCCUCGACUCGUACCCAUCUUUCAGCAAGUCGGAUACCAAGGAAUCAGCUCGCUCCUUCAGAAGCGCGCUGCGCACUAAGAUACCGGGCAAAUUGUCUACAGACAGCCCACGAGCUUCUACCACACAACUGGCAGGCGACUCGUCCACCACCAGCGUCGACAAUGUGGAUGCGCAGUCGGUCAAGUCAGCCACGAGUGGCAAGUCAGAUAAGAGACAUUCGAGGAAUCUCUCGUCGGACACACCUCGCAGAGGCAGCUUGGCAGACGAAGAUGAGCCACAACCGCCUCCCUCCCCGACCAUGUCGGCUACUGUAGGAGGUGGACACAGCGAGAUCGAAGAGGCGCAGCGAAGUGGGGAAGUUGACGCAGUUUCAGAUGCACCUCCACAGGGAAACAUCCAUCAGUCGCACAACAAGGAACCCACGGAAUCCAUCCUGCUCAAGAAGAACGUGCCGAGUCAAGGAGCAGCUGCAGCUCUGGCCAUCGCCGCAGAACCAGAACCUCGCGCUAGUACUGGAAACAUGGAGAUCGGCGCUCUCAAACCGUCCGACCUUGACGACAUGAUCAAGCGCCUUGUAGACGCAGGCUACGCAGGUAAAGUGACAAAGACUGUUUGUCUCAAGAACGCAGAAAUCACCGCCAUAUGCAAUGCCGCCCGAGAAUUGUUCCUCUCCCAGCCGGCGCUUCUGGAGCUGUCGCCACCAGUGAAGAUCGUCGGCGAUGUUCACGGACAGUACACAGAUCUCAUUCGUAUGUUCGAGAUGUGCGGCUUCCCACCUAACAGCAACUUUCUCUUUCUCGGCGAUUACGUGGACCGCGGGAAGCAGAGUUUGGAAACAAUUCUGCUUCUGCUAUGCUACAAGCUGCGAUUCCCGGAGAACUUCUUCCUACUUAGAGGCAACCACGAAUGCGCAAACGUGACGCGGGUCUACGGCUUCUACGACGAAUGCAAGCGUAGAUGCAACGUCAAGGUUUGGAAGACCUUUGUGGACACCUUCAACACCCUCCCAAUCGCAGCCAUUGUCGCAGGCAAGAUCUUCUGCGUUCACGGCGGGCUCUCUCCAUCCUUAUCCCACAUGGACGAUAUCCGUGGGAUCGCCCGACCUACCGAUGUGCCCGACUACGGAUUGCUGAACGACCUACUGUGGUCUGAUCCGGCCGAUAUGGAAGCAGAUUGGGAGGCAAAUGAGCGAGGUGUUAGCUAUUGCUUCGGGAAGAAGGUCAUCAUGGAAUUCUUACAAAAGCACGAUUUCGACCUGGUUUGCAGAGCACACAUGGUGGUUGAGGAUGGGUAUGAAUUCUUCAAUGAGCGAAUUCUGGUCACAGUCUUCUCUGCUCCCAACUACUGCGGUGAAUUCGACAACUGGGGAGCCGUUAUGAGCGUCUCCGGCGAGUUGCUGUGUUCAUUCGAGCUUCUGAAGCCUCUUGAUUCUAGCGCACUCAAGAGCCACAUUAAGAAGGGGCGGAACAAACGACAGAAUAUGCUCAACAGCCCACCGGCGAGUCAAUUCCCGCAAAGCUAUUAG